AUGCGAGACAUGGCCGACGGGAAUGCUGACAGCGAGCUGGCUGCCUUGCGCGACGUCUUGGGCCACACGCUGGACGAUGCUGAGCUGAAGAAGCUCCUAAACAGAGCUGGUAACAACGCUGGUGUCGCACUGAACCUGCAUUACGAUCAGGCCACAGCGGCGACAGGAGGCAACCUGGCUCAGAAGAGACCAGCGCCAUCGUUGCCCGGCUUCUUCGAGACCAGACAGAAGUACCCGAAGACUGACAACUCGAUAGCCAUUGACGAGAAGGAUGCGAACUCCGAACGGAAGCAUGCAAGCGCCAUCGGCUCGUUGCAGGAAAAGCCAGCCACGGCGGCAUGUGCGAGUUCUGCGACCACCCCUCUGGCAGAGCGCAUGCGCCCGAAGGGAAUCCAAGAGCUCCUGGGCCAAGAAGAUGCUUUGGGAUCUGUCUUGCGCCAGGCUGUACGCGAAGAUCAUUUGCCUUCCCUGAUCCUCUGGGGCCCACCUGGCUGUGGCAAAACCUCCUUUGCGCACUGCGUGGCCGCAGGAACCAAACGAGCAUUUCGGUCCCUGUCUGCUGCCAAGGCUGGUGUCGCAGAGCUGCGUGAGGAAUUGAACCGAGCUGCUGGCACCUUGAAGUUGCGCAAGCUGGGAACCAUCCUCUUUGUGGACGAGUUCCAUCGCUGGUCGAAAGCACAGCAGGAUGCUCUGCUCUUGGAUUGCGAGAAAGGAAUAAUUACGCUGAUUGCUGCCACCACUGAGAAUCCGUCUUUCUCGAUUAACAAUGCAAUUCUAUCGCGCUGUCGCUUAGUCGUGUUCGGGAAGCUGUCACCGGAAGCCGUGGGACAUGUCAUCGAUCGGGCAAUCCGUGAAGAUGUUGUGCUGGGGGGCACCACGCUCACGGGUGAUGCACGUCAACUUCUAGCCACGGCAGCGGACGGUGAUGCCCGCGUGGCACUGAACUCGUUGGAGCUUGCGGCUCACCUGACAAAGUCAGGCUUACCGAUCGAUUCCGAGGCUGUUCAAGCAGCCAUCCAGAAGCGUGCUCUUUAUGAUCGCAACGGGGAUUUUCAUUACGAUCUGAUAAGUGCUCUGCACAAGAGCAUGAGAGGUGGGUGUCCAGAUGCUUCGCUGUAUUAUGCCACACGGAUGCUAACCGCAGGCGAGGAACCGCGCUACAUCACACGCCGGCUCAUUCGCUUUGCAUCUGAAGACGUGGGAAUGGCAGAUCCCUUGGCUCUGAGUCAAGCGGUCGCAGCCGAUCAGGCAGUUCAUGCCAUUGGAAUGCCUGAAGCUGGAGUUGUGAUUGCUCAGUGUGUGAUAUACCUGGCACUUGCACCAAAAAGCUGUGCGGUCUACAACGCCUAUGAAACUGUCAAAAAGUUGUGUGAGAGGGAGCCUCAUGCGCCGGUCCCGCUGCACAUCCGCAAUGCACCAACGAAGGUGAUGAAGACGCUGGGCUACGGUGACGGCUAUGUGUACAAUCCAGCAGCAGGAUACACAAGAGGCUGCAACCAAGGAUAUCUCCCAGAAGCGAUUGGAGACAAGCAGUUCUUCAACAAGAGCGAUUGUGUCGCGAACCGGCUGAACCUGCCACCUUUUCGAUGGGUUCAGUACAGGCCAGAGCCAGAGGAGAUGCUUAGCCCGUUGACGGUCCAUGGCAUGGAGCUGAAUUUGCUUGGGGCAGUUGCUGGCGUCUGCAUCGGCCAAAUGGCAGUCGAACUGCGUCAGGUGCUGCAUAGCAUCGCGUCAGCUGCGGUGGCACUGCUGCCAGCUUCUUGCCAUGCUUCGACAAUGAUGGACCGAACUGCUCCCCUUGCCGCUAUGUGCUUUCACAUGUCCUCUUGUGCAGUCAUGUCUCCUUUUGUGGUGGCCGGCCUCGAAGGGCUGCUGAAAGAGGCCCAGUUGCACAGGCACAUGCUGUUGCCAACAGUUGCAUCAUCGUUUCGGCAAAGGUGUCGGUGGCUUCUGAAGCGGUUAGCUGCAGGCAGCCUGCAUGACACCGUCCGAAAGGAGCAGGAUGUUGAGUUCGCUUGGCUUGCAGAGGACGGGAAAGAUGUCGAUGAUCAUGUUCCACAUGACUUGCUCAACCAGCCCAAAGCCUACGAAGCCCAAGCCAUCGCUACCUGUCAACACCAAUCAACCAACAUACAGCCAAGCUGUUGCCAGAUGGCCGCAGCACAGGAUGUGCCUCACCCAGAAAGAGGAGGCUUCCAUGUUGCAUGGCCUCCAGAUGGCGACAUGGAGGCUCUUGGCAGCUUCACGGCUCGGGCCGUCGAUGCAUUGGCACAGGAAGGCUACUGCGUGAUCCAGCUUCCUUUGAGUGAAGAAGCGGCCGAAGAAGCGCAAGUUGAGGUCACCUGUGGAAGGUACAGAUGGAAGCGACUCCGGAGGGAGUUCGAGCCGUCCUACUUAGGUAGACAUCAGAAGUGCAAGACAGCAUGGUUGGAAGAGAUGGUGGAAGAGAAGCAAGAGAUGGACAGUCCAAUCGACCUGCUGGACCUGUACCUUGCUCGCUUUACACAGUUUCUCUUGCCUGUUGCCCCCUUCGCGCUGGAUUUCAUGCCACACAGCCGGACAAGCGGAAUGCUGCGUGUGCCGGCCUCUUCAGAGGGUGCGGGUGUGUCUGAGAACAUCAGCGACGAAGACAUUGCAAAGGGCCUGGUCGAUGAACAUGUCGACUUCCUCAAGCGCCGAAAGCUGUGCAUGUUCCUGAUGGCACACGGCAGUGGAGGCGAGCUGUCGCUUUAUCCAAAGGAUGGCGCUCAGAUAGUUCUGCCAGCACAAGCAGGCCGUCUGGUUGUGUUUCGUCAUGACCGUAUCAGCUACGCCUAUCGACCAGACUCUGAGGAGGACCUAGUCUUGCAAGCUUGGGUCUUGACCGCCCCGGCACAGUUCCAGUUUGGAGAAGUCGCUGGGGAUCAGAAGUCCAAAGACGAGCUUUAUGGCCUCGUUUCCGGACCCAACACUCCUGAAGGUCGGCGAAUAUGUGUCUAUGGCGUUGGAAUCUCCCUCCCUGGUGCCGCCUUCGAAAAGUUGGAUGCCUACUGGUGUGCAGUGGCAGGGGGCACGGAUGGAUACGUCUAUGCUCCAGUGGACAGGUUCGACAUUGAGCCUUACACGAGAACGGGCGAGGAGUGGCAGAUUGGCUACACAUACACCGUGCAUGGAGGCUUCUGCAAGGACAUCUUCUCCUUCGACAACGACUUCUUUAAUGUCCCCGAGGAGGAAGCCUGGUUGCUUGCUCCAGCAGCACGACAGCUGCUCGAAAGGAGCUACGAAGCUUUGUUCAACACCGGCAUGCGGAAGAAGGAUAUCAGAGGGAAGCGGGUCGGUGUCUACAUCGGACACAGUGGCGAUGACUUUUCCAUAGAUCCUAGGUUCACCAUGGGCUCCACGGAUGGACAUCGCUUCGGCUAUCAGGCAAGAAAAUGGUCCUGCAUAGCUGGCCGCAUUAGUUACACCUUGGGCCUCCAGGGACCACAGGCUUUGCUGGACACAGCCUGCUCAUCAGCACUGGUGGCCUAUGGAGUUGGGCAUACUGCUUUGAGGCAGGUGACUGCAGAGCAGACUCGUGCUGGGCAAGAUUCCGGCAUCACGGAAGCCUUAAUGGGCGGUGCAAACCUGAUUCCAGGCCCAGGGAACUACAUCAACUUGUGUGGUCCGCACAUGCUGUCCAUAAGCGGACGGUGCUUCACCUUCGACAUGUCUGCAGAUGGCUUUGAACGCGGUGAGGGUUCCUCGUGUUUCUUUGCCCGCAGUGAAGAGGCAGUCACCCGUGAGGCCAUCGCAACCGUGAUUGGCGCAUGUCUGAACCAAGAUGGGAGAAGUGCGAGCAUGACAGCACCAAACGGACCGUCACAGCAAGAAUGUGUGCGGGGAUCCAUGCGAGAGGCUGGGCUGACAGCCAAUCAGAUCACCUGCUCCGAGCUUCAUGGGACAGGUACGGCUUUGGGGGAUCCCAUUGAAGUCGGAGCUCUGCGUGGAGUCAUGCAGGACAGGAAGGCUCCCAUCAUGCAGACAAGUGCCAAGAGCCAUAUAGGCCAUCUUGAAGCCAAUGCCGGACAAGCUGGCAUCAUCAAGUGCAUCUUGAUGUGCAAUUCCUGUGCCGGAUCUCCGAACUGUCACUUGUACAUACUGAAUCCACAUUUGGAUGUUAACGGCUACCCAACCGUUUUCAACACUGAGCUCACAGAGUAUGGCAACCAGUCUGGAUACUCAGGGGUUUCCUCGUUUGGCUUCGGUGGGGCGAAUGCGCGUGCUGAUGUCUAUGCCGUGGCAAGCAGAGGUCCCAGAAAGCCGGGAAAGGUUAGUCUAGACAAAGUUGACUACGUGGUGGUGAGCUGUCCCUUCGACGAAGGCCCUAUGCACUAUGUCGAUGGGAAGGAAGUUCCAACGUCAGGUUCCAGGAUUUCGAGGAACAGAGGCAGAUAUCGCUGUGACAACAUUCGCGAUGAGUUUGACCAAUAUGAUUACAACAGCAGCCUGUACGAUGGCAAGUUCCAGAUGAGCCCUCCGGAAGAGAUGACAGGGGAUAGGCCAGACAGUGGGAUCGGCAUUGUUGGCUCCUGGGAUAGCUUCAAGCAGAGAACGGAGAUGACUCCCAGCUCAGAUGGUGACAGCUGGAGUUGUAUGGUGGUCGUAGGAGAGACUCGGGUUGAGAGGUUUCAGUUGUGCCUUAUGCAGAAUCCUGACAUGGCCAUAUAUCCCUAUGUCAAGAAUGGCUCCAUGACCACGCGGGUCGUGGGACCCCAUGGUGAAGGGAAGGGCAAAUUCUGGAUCAUUGACGGGCGGGAUGAUGAGGUCCCUGCGGGAACUCCCUUCCGCAUCACCCUGGAGUGGGGGCUUAGACUUCGUGUGAGCUGGCAGCGUGCAGAUGCUAUGCUGACUGGAGGUUCGGUUCCUAAGCUCAUCGGAUCCAAAGCUCGGCACAGAUACUUCGUGGUUGGUUCUUGGACAUCCUGGAACUUCUUGGAGAUGCAAAAUUCGGGUGUAAAAGAGGGUGCUUUCGAAGUCACGGUUCGCAUUGGUAUGUCACGCUCUGAGUCGUUCUAUUUCGUCCGAGAUCAAGACGAGGAGCAGGUCAUCUAUCCCGCCAAGCCCGCUCUUGAUGCGGGGGCGACUGCGAUUCCGGUCAGAGGGCCCGAUGCAUUCGGCAAUGGAAAGUGCUGGAGAAUCACCGGCAAGCAUGGAGAGUCUGUACGGCUGCGCAUUGAGAUCGUGGAUGCUCUUAUCAAGGUGAGCGUUUCAAGCUUAAUAAGACCGGAUUCUGGAUGGACAGCCAGCGGGGUGACCGGUCCAGCACGCCACAGCUACUGGGUGUUGGGCAGCUUCAACAACUGGAGCCCUGAACAGAUGCUUCCAGGUGAUAGGCCAGACUCAAGCAUCAUUGCUGACUGA